CAUCUUAAAAUUUCCGAAAAUUUUCGGAAAACGUGCAAACGUAUGCAAAAAGUAUAAAUGCCGAAAGAACGUGAAACUAGCACGUAAAUGAAUAUAAAACAUAGUCUGAGGUGACAUAGCCAUUAACCAAUGGUUUAUGAAAUUUUAAAAAAGUUGACACUUUCCUUCCGUUUCAAGACGGACGCUUGAGUCAUUGGGAUAUCACAGUAGACACACCAACCGAGACUGUGAAUUGACAUCAAUACUUUGAAGCAACUAGACAGCGUAUGAUGUUACCGUUUGUUUUCAACCUUGAGGCCCGGGACCUGGCUCAGGAUUGGCCAGUUGGGACAGUGUGACUUCGUACAGAGUGUCAUAACUAAACAUAACUAAAAAUCUGACUUCGACCGUUGAUAAACUAUCAAGCAAUGAAAGUUCUCUGUUACCAGCAACUCUGGAAAGUCAUUCUCGUGAUCAAUAAACACAAACCCGCUUUAAACGGUUUCUGUGGUAAUGAUAUUCUAAACACAUAAACACGUCAUUUUCGAAAAAGGAUAUUGAUAUUAUUGACCCAUCAGGCGUGAUAAGUAAAAGUCAUACCUGUUUGUCAGAAGAAUAAGACAACGACCAAUCACAAAACUUGCUUGUGGCAAGCCACCAUGAUGAAAACCAACGAAGAUACGGUUGAUCAACGGAUAGCAGCAGCGCUGUGGAUAAUUUAACUCUCGGGUGAAACACAACGCAAAAUUAAUUUCAAAUCUCUGAUUUUAGCUUGGAGAAGAGAACAUUUGGUUCGCCAAAAUGGGAAGUUUGAUACCCAUAAUCAGUAUCUUGUGUGGAGCCGUCGUCUUAUGCAAAGGUUGGGAAAUACCAUACGCGGGACAAAAUGGAAUGAAUCCAUUUAAGAAGAGUGAAAUCCCUGAUCCUGUUGAUACUGCCCAAACUGUUGGAAAUCCGCUGCCUUCAGCUUUCUUUGAGGAGCAAAUCACAACAGGAAGACAUCCUGACGAUGACAAGAGAUACACAAUUGAACAGCUUAACCAUGCUGCCAGACACCGUAACGUUUAUUUCGACACCGUUGGAGGCGACCCUUAUGGUCACAGCAGUCCCGUGCUUACGCGUUCACAUAUUGCUGUCCCUUACAAGAAGAGGAGAUCUCUUAUGCCGGCCGAAUCACCUCAAAAUGUCGCUGGAAGUCAGCUCCCGUCAGCUUUCUUUGAAGAGCAGGUUAUUGCAGGAAGACAUCCAGAUGACGAUAAAAGAUAUACCAUUGAGCAGUUGAAUCAUGCCGCCAGACACCGUAAUGUUUAUUAUGACAUGGUCGGAGGAGAUCCGUAUGGUCACAGCAGUCCCGUGCUUACCCGAUCACAUAUUGCUGUCCCUCACAAGAAGCGAAGAUCAGUUCCACAAGCUGAAUUAGUGUCUGCACCUGGUGCCAUCAGUCAAUAUUACCCAGCCGUGCAAUCCAGUCCACUAACCAUCCAACCAGCCGAGAAACGAGAUAGCAUUGCCAGGUUAAAUUAUGCUGCAAGACACAGAAAUGUUUAUUUUGAUUCCGUUGGUGGAGAUCCCUACGGUUCCAGUAGCCCCGUGCUCACACGGCAGCACAUCUUAAUUCAUCACAAAAAGAGAUCAGCUGAAGAGCAGGAGAUGAAGACAGAGAAAACAUUAAGGAAGAAGUUGCGACUCCACUAAUCUGAGGCUCUAGCAAUGGACUCUUUAACAAGCGCAUCAAAUCUGAAAUCUGUAUAUAUCGAAUUUAUGACAGUGGGAGAUGAAUAAACAACCUUAUUUUGUUA